AUGUCGGUCACCCCUCGACGUGUCCGCCUGAAGCCCUGGCUGGUGUCUCAGGUGUCCAGCGGGCGAUACCCGGGGCUGGUGUGGCUUGAGCGCGAGGCCAUGCGCUUCAAGAUCCCAUGGAAACACGCGACACGACAUACACCGCAGCACGAGGACGAGGACACCAUAUUUAAGGCGUGGGCUGUGGAGACGGGGAAGUUCCAAGAGGGCGUUGAUGAACCUGAUCCUGCCAAGUGGAAAGCCCAGCUUCGAUGUGCUCUGAACAAAAGCAGAGAGUUCCACCUAGUCUACGAUGGCACCAAAGAGGUCCCCAUGAAUCCUCUGAAGAUUUAUGAUGUGUGCGACAUUCCACAGCCCCUCAGUAACCAAGGUUCCUCAGAUGCUGGUUCUUGGACUCCAGGUGAUGAUGAUGGUGGUGACGAAGAUAUUCCAGAUACACCAGAGUCUCUCCCUCCGUACCCAUCCAAUGGUACCAGUCCCUCUCCUCUCAUUAUGUGGUCUCCUAUGAGCUCUGGAUCCCCCAUGCAACCUUCCAGUUGUCCCCCUUCAAAUGAGGUCUGGCCCAAAGAGGAGCCUGUUAAAAUCUGGCCUAAAGAGGAGCCCAUAGAUGUGGAGAUGCACCCCACACCGAGUGAAAUGCCCCAUGCUCCUCUGCCUGACGUCCCAAUGCAUCCCCCUUCUCUACCUGAAGUAUUCUUCGCCUCUCCAGAGACGUGGAUCAGUUCCCUCCCGAUGACAGACCUGGAGGUGCAGUUCCUGUACAGAGGGAAGGAGAUGUGUCCCACAGGGAACAUCAGUAACCCUCAGGGCUGCAGGCUGUUCUACGGAGACCUCGGCCCCAUGGUCAACCAGGAGGAGCUGUUCGGGCCGGUGAACCUGGAACAGCUACGCUUUCCGACCACGGAGCACAUUACCAACGAGAAGCAGAGGAUUUUCACUAACCGCCUGCUGGAUGUGAUGGACAGAGGCCUCAUCCUGGAGGUCAGCGGUCACGACAUCUAUGCAGUGCGUCUCUGCCAGUGCAAGGUGUACUGGUCCGGUCCCUGUGCUCCAAACCCUGCUGCGCCAAAUCUCAUAGAGCGCCAGAGGAAGAUCAAACUCUUUUGCCUGGAGUCUUUUCUCAGUGGAGUAAUCGCCCACCAGCGUGGCCAGACACCAAUCCCUCCUCUAUUUGAAAUCAACCUAUGUUUUGGAGAGGAGUGGCCUGAUGGCAGGCCCAAAGAGAGGAAACUUAUCAUGGUUCAGAUUAUUCCAGUGGUGGCACGUAUGAUAAGCGAGAUGUUUUCAGGGGACAGCACGCGGUCCUUCGACAGCGGCAGCGUUCGCCUGCAGAUCUCAAUCCCAGAUAUCAAAGACAACAUAGUGACCCACCUAAAGCAGCUGUACUGCCUGCUGCAGACCCACCAGGGCCAGGACGGGUGGACAUUGCCCCCCGGCCCGGGCCUGAACAUUGUCCAGGCUAUGCAGGCACAGUGAAGUAGCCCACACUGAACCAACAUAUAUUAUAUAUCACUGUAUGUUCCACAGUGCUACUGAGAGUUGCCUACUGGGAAAUAAGUACUUGUGUGUAUGUGUAAUCAUAUUUAGAAGUUUAAACACUAUACUGUUGGAUUAUAGUGCUUUCCUCUUGUAAAGUGCUUUCACUAUACUUUUCUGUAAAUAGAAGUAGUGCCUUUAAGCCUGCAUCACUCUACAUCAUGUGUGCAGGAACUACAGACAGCUGCGGUGACUGCAGGGGCCAAAGUCCUGCUUUCUGCCAGGGGCCAUUUAAGUUAGUUAAUGAGUUACAGUUCGCCCCAUGCACUAUUUAUACAAAACUGGCCAGUGAUUACCACACUUUCCUGCAGUCGAGACACCGUGCAGAAUACCUUUUAUGUUUUGAUCUCAUAUACAUUUAUAUAAAAUAUAGGCAAAUAUGAAUUAAAGUAUGGAUGUUAUUUUUCUUCUAUUCAUGUACUACUUUAAACUGGCUAUUUGGCCCCAUUUAUCCUGCCAGCAUAUUGGGUGUUUCAACUCUUUUAACAAAUGUUGGACAAUAAGGUCUUCCCAUUUGACAUAAUUGGCAGUUUUCUAGUCACCUCAUCUGCAGUUUUGUCUUCAGUUCUUUUACUUUUUUCCAUCUGUAUUGUAGUCUAUUUUUGUAAACAUAUCUUUGAUUUUUAAGCUAUGUAUUGUUUCCAGACAGCCAUUUAACUAAACAAUAUUCAGCUACAUGGGUCUGUUUUUAAUAUGGAUGCCACUGCAAUUUGGGGUGCUGAAUUAUGUUUAUUAUUAUGUUUUAUGUCUAGUUGAAUUUAUCCUGUGAUUGUAUGUUUAUUUUAUCAAUAAAAAUGCAGAAAUGAUAA